CUGAGUGAGCAGAGUAAAGUUCACCUCAGGGUCUUUUAACCAACAUUGCGAAAAAACAGAUUAUCUGGCCAUUAUCACAUUGCUAUUUGUGGGAGCUUCUGGACACAAAUUGGCUGACUUAUUUCCUUCAUCUCGACCACACUGGAACAGGGAGCUCCCGGCAUAACGAAGCUGAUUUCUCAAGAGCUGGGGCAAUGGGACCGCUGAGCGAGAGGGUCAGGCGGUAUUUGACCUUUGUCAUCGGGCUGAUUGAAUGUGUCGGCUUUGUGGGUGUGAUCUAUGGCUGGGCCUCGCUUGUCUUUGUGCUGAAGGAGAAGGGAUAUUUUUCUGACCUCUGUGUCCCACUGCACAACAACAGUGACUCUGGAGCAAGGAAUGGCACCAUGGACUGUGUUCUUCAGGACGAACGUUUCACCCUCAUCUUCACCAUCUCAUCCUUCAUGGUCAACUUCCCAACGUUCUCCAUCGGCUUCCUGUUCGACUACUUCGGUACCAUGGUAACUCGCCUCGUGGGCAUGUUCCUGUACACCACAGCCACCCUGAUGAUCGCCUUCUCCACUGCUGAAUCUGCAGUACUGCUGUUCCCUGCAUUUUCCCUGCUUGCAGUGGGAGGAAAGAUCUUCUUCAUAACAAACAUACAGGUUGGAAACUUAUUUGAGAACAAACGCUCCACAAUUAUCACACUGUACAAUGGAGCUUUCACUUCGUCAGCAGCCGUGUUUCUGUUGGUCAAGGUUUUGUAUGAGGCUGGUCUUUCCCUGAUGUCCAUGUUCCUGUUCAUCACCUGCCUCAGUUCCAUCCUCCUCCUACACACCUUCUUCCUGCUGCCCAGAACACGCAUUCCGCACCCAGUACCGGAAGGGUACAGCUACGGGGUCAGUUGUGCCAAGUUUCGAUUGAUGUCGUUCUGCUGUGAAGAGCAGAGAGUGAAAGAGACACCGCCUCACCACAGAGGAGAUAGGACCCAGGGAGAGGAGGGAGAGAGAAGAGAAUGGACAGCAGGAGACAGGGGAGAGAAACAGGAAGAGACGGAACAAGACAGGGCAGAGAGAUGGGAAGAAACGAAAGUGACUGAUUGUGUGAAUCCCCAGCCCAGUGGUUCACAAGACUCAGAAGGGAACGAGGAGGAGAUUCCCUCCUUCAGGAGCUGCAUCUCCUCCAAGCUCUUCCUCUUCACCCUGCUCUGGCUCUCCAUAAUACAGCUCCGUGACAGCCUGUUCAUCGGCACCCUGAACCCCACGCUCACCCUGCUCGCCAAGGGUGACUCUGGACAAGUCAGCAGGUUGACAAACGCCUUUGCCUGCAUACAGUUUUGUGGUAUUUUCUGUGCUCCCUGGAACGGGCUAAUCAUGGACCGGCACAAAUGCAGAAAGAAACCAACAGACGCUGCCUCAGGUAGUCCAGACGUGAUCACUCAGCAUCCUCGGAGUCGCAGAUUGAGCCGUCUGCAGCACCUGGCCGACAUGAAGUCCACGGUGCUGUCUAUCAGCAUCACCACCUCAGUCUCCGUCCUCUUCUCGAUCUGUGCCACCAUCCCUGUGCUGGAGGUCCAGUACCUGACCUUUGUCCUCCAGGUGAUCAGCCAUUCGUUCCUGUACGGUGGUUACGCCACAUUCAUCGCCAUCGCGUUCCGUCCCUGCCACUUUGGGAAGGUCUUUGGUCUGGGACAGGCUCUCUCAGCGGUUGUGUCUCUGUUCCAGUACCCCUGCUUUGUUCUUGUCCAGGGACCCUUGCGAGGCAACCCCCUGUAUCUGAACAUCGGAUUCAUCCUCCUGGUAGCCUUGUCGUACGCCCACCCCAUCAACGUUUACCUGUACUGCCAACGGGAAACCCAGCAGAGAAGCAUGGUGCAGCCCUCCCCAGUUGAAGUGCCAUGGCUGGGAGAGCAGGAUGAUCAAGCAGCAAAUACUACAGAUGCUUGAGUGGGACACUUUGUUGGCAUGGGGCAGAUUUGUGUGGACACGUUGCCAACUCUGCUGUUCCUCAGGAUAAUCGGGGAUGGUGCCUCACUCUGGGAAUCUCACAUUCAGAAGUUGAGGCCAAUGAGAGAUUAAUGAAUUGUUAAUUCUUUUGAAGCAAAUUUAUUGUUUUAAUCCAGGGGAUCAGCCAAUGACAGUAGGUGCCUUUCUCCUUCUCUCUCUCUCUCACUCUCACUCUCUCCUUCACUCCCUCACUCCCUCACUCCCCCCUCUCUCUUUCAUUCUCACUCUCACUCUUUCCUUCACUCCCUCACUCCUUCACUCCCCCCUCUCUCUUUCAUUCUCACUCUCACUCUUUCCUUCACUCCCUCACUCCUUCACUCCCCCUCUCUCUCUCUCAAACUUCCCAUCUAUUCUUUUUCUCUUUCUCUACACUCCAUUCCUGAGCACUCUGUCCUUCUACCUUAUCCCCUUCAGAGCUUCCCUUUCCCUCAUUCCCGCUCUCCUCUUUGUCCUUCUUUGUCCUUCUCUCCUUUUCUCACCUUCUCCCUCAUGCUCCUCUCUUUAUUCUUCCCUCCCUUUUUCCUUCCUUUCUUGCCUUUUCUCCUGGCUCUUCCUCCUUCCUGUUUUGAUGUCUUUUGAUGUUCCUGAGCAUUAGUGAGUUUUCACUAAUACUUACACUUUCUGGCUCCCCUUACCUUACUGAGGGGAGGCGAUGGCGCAGUGGUAUUUUCGCUGGGCUAGUAAUCUAGAAACCCCUAG